AUGAGUGCUAGGGUCAAUGACACGGAGUUGCAGAGUGCCGUGGAAGAAUACCUAACCAAUUCGCCCAUAACGGCAAACGUCAGACACUCCAAUCCCAAUCUACAGCCUCUAGAAGGUGAGGACGCUAUCACUCCAGUGGAGCCAAGAACCAAAUUGACAAGGAAAAGACCUUCGCUGCCGCUUCCUGAGCUGCUAAGUACCACCUCAUUGGACACAUCUACAUCCUUGAACACCUCCACAUCAUCGAGAACCUCCACCUCGCAAUUCUUCCAAGCUUUCUGGAAGUUCCAUCUUAUCAAGUUUGGAAACCACAUGUACCUUACCACUAACCCGACACCACGCCACCUUCAUUGUCGCAGCUUUCCGGGCUAUUUUAUCCUGAUUGAUGGUAAUGCUUUGGAUUAUACAAUGUCGUUUGAAGACAUUGAAACCGGGGCUAGCUACCUCCGAAUCCGAAAACGUACCUCAAGAGAAGGUGAAUUUUUUAGGUACAAAGUCAGGCGGGCACGGGGGAUUCAGAACGGCAGAAUCUCCGAAAUAGACAAUCCAGAAGUGCACGAAAACUUUCUCAGACGGGAAUUGAUACCUGAAUCCCUCUUUCCGUCUCCUCCAGACGUCCCCAUGGUGAGUUAUCACACUGAGGACUUCAAUGGCACGUCGUGGAGCGUGGGAGCCAUUCCUCGGGCGCGAGAGUCACGAGUCAGCGCAGGUGAGUCAAAGUAUAUCCACAAGCACAACGUUUAUUUCCACAAUACGUUUGAGCUAACUUAUCCAAUUAAUAGUAUUCCUCCAGUCCGGGCUGUGUUCAGACCUAGUGAGGCCAGUGCCCGCAAGAGAAUGAUGCGCUCACUCAACCGGCUUCUGAAGUUUGACAGUGGCAAGCGCAAAUUCAAGCCAGAUGACAUGGACUCAUCCAUGUUCUCAGAGGUUAAAUCCUACUACAAGGCUGGCGAUGGGCUCUAUGGUGAUCAUACUCCAGCUGAUGAUGAACCAGAUAAGCACUCUAAGUGCGGGUGGCUUACAGUAUACGAGGAUGAACAAUUAUUUCUGGAGGCAGGCAUGUUUGACAUGGUUGUUGGGCUCAGUGUGUGUGUUGCCUAUGAGAAGAUGAUAGGAUGA